AUGGAAGGAGAAGUCGUACAUCUCGAGGGACGCAUUUUCGGCGAGGACAACCGAUUCCUGUACAACAACCGUUCCGCUCCGUGGUCUGCCGUGGGCAAGAUUAGCUGGAACACGGGCCACAUGUGCAGCGGCGCUCUGGUCGGCCCCCGCCACGUAUUGACUGCCAAACACUGCAUCCUGAACAACCGCACCGUCACCUUCCGCCCUGGAUACGACAACGCAGACGUUUUCAACUCAUCCCAGGCCACGCAUGCGUUUGUGAGCACCAAGAUCGGCGACGGGAUCUGCGACGCAAAGGAGGACUGGGCCGUGCUGAUCCUCGAGAAGCGUCUCGGCGACGAGGUUGGCUACUUCGGCGCCAAAGUCGCCGAGCGUUCCGUCGCCGACAAGACGGUCUUUGACCAUGUGGGAUAUCCAGGGGACCUUGGCAAGGGCAAGAGGCCUUAUCGGCUGAGCAACCUCGUCAUGUCGGAGAAGAGGUGGGACUGUGAUGCGCUGGGCCCCAUGUAUACGGAUGAGUCUGAUUUGGCUGGUGGCCAGUCGGGCGGCCCUCUUUUCGAGGCUCUGGAAGAUGGCUCGGCUUAUAUCUGGGGGGUUGCCUCGACUGUCGUUUCUUGGUAUCAGGGGGGGCAAAAGGGCGGAUGGGGAAGAUGGGCCUCUGGCAAUAACAUGGUGACUACGAUUGCCAGGUUGAGGGAGGAGUUUCCGUAA